AAUCAUAUAAUUUACAUUCAAGUCAUCAAAACCCCAAACAAAACCUCUCCCACAGAAAACGACCGCCAAACUAGCCCUUCAAUCAGUUUUGUUUCCCCACAAAUCUCACUUAGAUCGGUUCUUCCAGUUGUAUGCUCAUCUGGGUUUCUUUGUUUCUUUUAUGGUGUGGCCGAGGAGCAUGACCCACUUCUUUCAAUUCGAAUUUGUUUCUGUUCUCUUUUGUUUUCAGUUGCUGAAUUGACCAACUUGAAUAAGUUAUUGUUGACUCUUUCACCUAGACUAAUGAGAAAAAAUCUUCCGUUUCAUUUCCUCGUCUUUCUCUUCUUCACUCCAAUCGCACCUAAGGCAGUACAAGCCUUCACUGGAACUUAUGGAAUAAAUUAUGGAAGGAUUGCAGAUAACAUUCCAUCACCUGAUGAAGUUGCUGCCCUUCUCAGGGCAGCAAAGAUAAAGAAUGUUCGUAUUUAUGAUGCCAAUCACAGUGUUCUCAAGGCCUUCAGUGGGACUGGGCUUGAAAUUGUUGUUGGACUUCCAAAUGGAUAUUUGAAAGAAAUGAGUACCAAUGAGAGUCAUGCCAUGAGUUGGGUUCAAGAAAAUGUGCAGUCAUUCCUUCCAGGGACAAAGAUUGUUGGAAUUGCUGUAGGGAAUGAAGUUCUGGGAGGGAGUGAUCAUGAACUGUGGGGAGCUCUUUUAGGUGCAGUUAAAAAUGUUUACAAUGCUGUUAAGAAGCUUGAUUUAACUGAUAAAGUUCAGAUCACUACAGCUCAUUCACAGGCUGUUUUUGAUAAAUCCUACCCCCCCUCAUCAUGUAUAUUUGGAGAUAAUGUUGCUCAGUAUAUGAAGCCAUUAUUGGAAUUUUUCUCUCAGAUAGGCUCUCCUUUCUGUUUGAAUGCCUACCCAUUUUUGGCCUACAUGGGUGAUCCGGAGAAUAUAGAUAUUAAUUAUGCUCUUUUCCUGUCAACUCAGGGGAUUGAUGAUUCAAAAACUAAUCUGCAUUAUGAUAAUAUGCUUGAUGCUCAGAUUGAUGCAGCCUAUGCUGCUUUAGAAGAUGCUGGGUUUAAAAAGAUGGAAGUCAUAGUUACUGAGACUGGGUGGGCUUCACAUGGAGAUGAAAACGAAGCAGCUGCUACAGUGAAUAAUGCUAGAACAUACAAUUAUAAUCUGCGGAAAAGGCUUGCAAAGAAGAAAGGAACACCACUUAGGCCAAAGAAUGUGUUGAAGGCUUAUAUUUUUGCAACUUUCAAUGAGGAUAUGAAACCGGGGCCAACUUCUGAGAGGAAUUAUGGACUAUUUAAGGCUGAUGGGAGCAUUGCAUAUGACAUUGGAUAUCAUGGGCUGAAAUCUUCAUCUGCUGAUUCGUUGCAGAAAGUAUUAGGUUAUUCACCAUAUGCAUUACAUGUUAUUUUGAAUUUGAUAAUAUUUUUGGCAUUAGAUGAUAUUAUGUGAGGAAAGAAAGGAAAAAUGGAAAGCAUGAACUACUUAAUUUUGUUGUA